GGUGGGAGUCAGAAAGCAAAAAAGUCGUCAGGCGAGGCGUUACAAUAUCUGCUCUGGAUAAGAAGAAGAAGAAGAGCAAUAUUCUCAAAAUGAAGUGAAAUGGAACUAAACUGGGUUCAAAUUUGGCUUUGGGUAUUUAUUUGUUUGGCCUCGUCGUCUUGGUGUAGGUGAGUGCGGGGGAAGGCAUGGGGGAGAGCUGGAGCUCGAGGUGGUGGGCGGGGGAGGUGCAGGUGAAGGAGAAGGACCCCGAGGAGAUGAAGAUGAAGCUGUACGAGCGCAUGGUGCAGACGUACAGGGAGGAGGAGUUCCCGGAGGAGGCGUCGGCGUUCCUCCCUCACCUGGCGCGCCUCCCCGACAGAUACCUCUUCGACCUCGGCGUCCACCGCCCCGACGACCUCCUCCUCCACUGGACCAUCCUCUCCCGCUGCGCCCACCCGCAAAACCGCCCCGUCUUCCACGCCCGCUUCCACAAGUGCGUUCCUGAUUCCGCCGCCGCCCCACCAUGCCACACCCUCAGCUUGGACAGAAGAACUAAGUCAAAGCCUCUUGGGGGCUCCAUCUCCAUCUCCUCUAGGGAUCAAAAAACUAAACUUCUUCAUGAGAUUAUUUUCUCUUCCCUCGACAAGCCCAAGCUUCUUAGCAGGCUAACUGCAUUGCUCUCCGAGGUUGGAUUGAAUAUUCGCGAAGCCCAUGUUUACUCAACAACUGAUGGCUUUUGUUUGGACGUUUUUGUUGUUGAUGGCUGGCACACAGAGGACACAGAUGAUUUGAUCAUCAAGAUUAAGGAGGAAUUAUCGCGCAAAAAUGCAUCAUCAUCUAAUUCAACAGAUUCUUCCGCCUCUGAGAAAAUACUUGAGCUACAACAGCAGGUUGGAGAUUCUGAAAUUGACUGGAACUUGCUAACAACGGGGGAAAAGAUUGCGACUGGAUCUUCUGCUGAUUUAUUUCGAGGAACUUACAAUGGUGUUGAUGUUGCUGUAAAGAUUCUCAGAACUUCUCCUUACAACAAUCCGUCAGAAGUUGAGUUCUUGCAGGAAAUACUUAUUCUUAGGAGUGUUAAUCACGAAAAUAUUCUUCAAUUUUAUGGGGCAUGCACAAGGCCUCCAAAGUAUUGCAUUGUAACAGAAUACAUGCCUGGAGGGAAUCUAUACGAAUUCCUCCAUAAGCAAAAGAAUGUUUUGGACCCUCUUACGGUUUUAAGGAUUGCUAUCAGUAUUUCAAAGGGGAUGGAUUAUCUGCAUCAGAAUAACAUCAUUCAUAGAGAUCUGAAGACUGCAAACCUGCUCAUAGGUUAUCAUCAAGUAGUAAAGAUUGCAGACUUUGGUGUGGCUCGACAAGGAAAUCAGGUGGGACAAAUGACUGCUGAAACUGGAACCUACAGAUGGAUGGCGCCCGAGAUCAUUAACCAUAAACCUUAUGAUCACAAAGCAGAUGUGUUCAGCUUUGCUAUUGUUCUGUGGGAGCUGGUAACUUCGAAGGUCCCAUAUGAUAAUAUGACACCCUUACAGGCUGCACUAGGAGUUAGGCAGGGAUUUCGCUUGGAGAUUCCCUCAAGUGUGCACCCAAGAUUGUCAAAACUGAUUCAGCAAUGUUGGGACGAAGAUCCUGAUGUUCGGCCCGUUUUCGCAGAGAUUGUCAUUGAACUUGAAGACAUCUUACAGCAUUCCCAGGCAAACAGCAGGGGAGGCAGUCGGCGUUCUAGAGCUAAGAUACAGAAGAAAUCACCUCAAUAGAGCACCAUACAAAAGGUUAUCUUGCUCUUUGUUAUAUUUUUUUUUCAUUUUGGUAAAACGAGCUAACUUGUAGUUGCUUUCUUAGCAACUCCACAAAAUGUAAUUUCGUUAGGUUCCCUUCAAAUGAAGGUAUAUGCGUAUAUAUGCACUUGUCGAUUUGAUAGCAUUCAC